AUGCGGUGCCUCAUUGUGCACCUAGUUCUUCUUCUGUCUGCGGCAGUGCAGGUUGUCGGCGUGACAACAUGCCUGCCAGACGCCAUACCAGAGGCAGACAGGAAUAAUGUGAUAGUAGACGGUGAGUCUAUGCCUCUCGGCAUUUGGAGCUCCAACUUCGAUUCCUCAACCAUUGUCAGCAGAAUAUAUGAGAUUAUUGCCCAAGAGCGUUUGGGCUAUAACACCUACAUGGAGUUUGGCUCAGCCAGCAAGAUUCAGGUGUUCAAAUUGGCUGGAUGCGACCACGAUCCCGUUGACAUGGAGCCCCUUGGAAACUGCGGUCCACCCCGUCGCUUCCACAUUUCCUUGGAGUUUUGGUAUGCGACAUCGCCUUGGUGGAGUGGUUGGGCUGCCGAGAUGGGCGACUACACGCCGGUGAACUUGGGAAGCAUUGGAUAUCCAGGCAAAGAAGGCAUGUUCAUCCUGGAUGGUGCCGUCCAGAAGGCUUUGACAGAUCGAGGUCUAGCGCUGGAGUAUUACCGGUCCUACAACGCCUCAUGGUACAAUCCCGCUCAGUAUGCCUCAGUGGUUGCGGAUGUGAGCUUGGACCAGUUGCAAACAUGCGCCGAAAGUGUGGAGGAGAUGAUCCAGCAGGCGUUCUUCCACAACAUGCCACUUGCCUUUGCCACCGCGAAAAGGUUGCCGGUGAACUAUUACGUGCCAUUGAAUCGUCAGCUACAGAGCUUGCUGUACUGGUGGACGCCUGACACAUCGUUUACUUUGGACAGCCCUUCGCAAGUCAUCUUCCCACCCAACAGCCCUUCGGAGUAUGCGCAGCAGAUAUACAGAACCCAGCGCGAAAAUGUUGACUUAACCAACUGGGCAGCAGUGGGUGUUGAGGCAGUCGCAGACCGUGCGGUGGCGGUUGCAAGAAACCUCUUCAUCGCAGAUGAUGAGCUUUCCCAAAUUCUUGUGCAGCACCUGUUGGCAACAACACCCGAUGCUCGGGAGACAGCCUGCAAUUGGUUGAAGGCGAAUCCGGCCGUGUGGAUGGCUUGGCUGCCGAAUGAGACAGCGUGCACAGCGGGGAAGGGCUUGGUGAAUUCUUUGGGCGAACUUGUGCUGGACCGCAGUUCGGCUGUUAGCUGCCAGGUCUGCCCUGUUGGAACCAGUUCGGUGGAGCAGGGCUCCACUCGUGUGUGUCUGCCAUGUGACGAAGGUACCUUUCAGAAUUUGCCCGGUGAGUCCAGCUGCGUUCCAUGUGAGCUUGGAAGAUUUUCAGAUCAGCCCGGCUCCGCUGAAUGCACCGUAUGCGAUUUGGGCGGGUAUGCCAAUGAGACCGGCAUGACGUUCUGCCACCAGUGUGGAGCGAACACCACCCAGAUGGAUAAGUGGACAACAAGCAAAUCGGUCAUGGACCAGGGAGACAUAAAAUGGAUUCCUAUCCAGGGAGCAGUUUCGGAGAAUUUUUGUGGUUGCGUGGAGGGCACGUACCUGCAUGAUGGUCUCUGCCAGCCCUGCAUUGAGGGAUCCAUAUGCAGAGGAUCGAGCAAGCUCGAACUACUCCCAGGCUACUUCUCCACCGCACAGGAGCCUGGGAUGGUCUACCGCUGCUUCGGCCAGCCGGAGCGCUGCCCGGGUGGAGAACCCGGUACGUGCGCCAGCGGUCGUGACACCAGCAGUGUGGCCUGCAGCAGCUGCAACGUUGGGCUGCACGCCAAGGAUGGCGUGUGCGUGGAGUGCCAAGGAGGAGAUUACGCCUUGGUGGUGACUGUGGCCAUCCUUGCAGCUGGAGCAAUUGCAGUGCUGUACAUCGUUCUCAUGAACGAGGGGCAGAAGAGCAGACAGCCAGGAAGCUUGCUGAUUGCUGCGUUGGGCAUGGGCCAAAUGGUGACCGUCGUCCAGCAGCUGACAGUUAUCCAGCAGUUCAAGAUCGAGUGGGGCGAGCCCUUCUCAAGCGUAUUGGUGGCCUUGGAAGUCAUGGCUUUCGAUUUGGACAUGGUAUCCAUUAGUUGUGUGGCUCCCAUGAGCCCCGUGGUGAAGUUUGCCACCAGGACGCUGUUGGUGCUGGUCUUCUUUGCAGUUGCCGCGCUGGUGCAUUUUGCAUUCUUAGCAGUGCGCAAGGCGAGAGGCCUACAGCUCAGCCUCCUGGCCCGGACUGUGGGCACUCUGUUCAUGGUCUUCUUCAUCUCGCUGUGCUCCUCCCUGCUGGCACCCUUCCGCUGCGAUAGCCACCCCAAUGGACUCUCCACAGUGCAGGCGUACCAUCAGGUCUUCUGCAAUGGCAGGGAUGAACAUCUGCAGAUGGCACUCAUUGGGGGCUUUGCCUGCCUUCUACCCAUCGCCUUCUUGGUCCUUUGCACUUGGAUCAUCCUCUGGGAAUUACCGAAACGCCUGGAACAAGCAGACGUCCAGUUUGUUCGUGCCUGCUCCUUCCUUUUCAUCCGAUUCCGGCCUGGGGCAGAGGCCUUUUCUGUCGUUUUCUUGCUGCGAAACGCCCUGGUGGUGCUUUGCCCCUUGUUGCCUUCCACUUCUGGCAAGGUUCUUUGCCUGAAUUUGCUAUUGUAUGGAAGCCUUGUGGUGACGGCUUUCAGCAAGCCUUGGCGGGCGAUGGCCUGCAACUACUUGGACGUUGUCCUUGUGACAGGCAUGCUGGUCAUCCUCGAUAUGGGGUCACUCUUUGUAGGGGAGGUUGAUGCUGAAAUUACGGUGGUCAUUUGCAUGCUUUUCUCCUCACUAAUGGUGGCUGCGAUCGUGGGUGCCAUCGUCUACGGUAUUGUAAAGCACUUCAUGCAGAAGUACCGGAAGCCCUUUCGCUUCUUCCUUUGCCACCAGAAGGUCGCCGCUGGCAGUUAUGCGCGGCUACUCAAGAUGGAGUUGCAGAAGCGCGGGUCGCGCUUUACAACUUUUGUGGACUGUGAUGACCUGAACGACCUCACAAAGCUCUUUGGUUAUGUGGGCCAGGAAUCCGAGACCCUGGUCAUUUUGGGCAGCCAGGACAUCCUCACCCGAAAAUGGUGUGUGGGCGAGAUGGUCACGGCCAGGAUUCAGAAGGUGCACACAGUGCUGCUCAUGUGGCCGGGCUUCAUGAAGCCGGACAAGAACUUCAUUGAGAAUUACACCACCAUCGUCCCCGACAUUACAGAGCUUGCAAACUACAACAUUGGACUUUCGGAGGUGGAAGAGACUCUCCGUUGGAUCAACACCGUGGAAGCACUUGACGUCCCAGCUUUGCUUACCUCUGAAGCCGUGGAUCAGAUUGUGAGCAACCUGACAAACACCAGCCGCACCAGAUCUGUGAACGACCAGCGGGAUCAACCAGAUUGCCUCAUCCUAGCAGAUCUGGACAAUAUGGAGGCUGCUGCAACCGCCUAUAUUCUCCUGGCUCUCGUUGUGCCCAAGCUCAUUGGAGCUUCAAAGAAUUCAAUGCCACAGGUCCUUCAAAAGGAUCGUGACUUGCCAUUGUCGGCAGUUUCCGCACUUGUGGUGUGUUCGGAUGGGUGCUUUAGAUCCAGUGAGAUGGCAAAAUGGCUAUUGCAAGUCAGUCAAAUCGACUCCUGUGCCAUACUGCCCAUCAUCGCAGAAGACGGGUUCCGAUUUCCGACGCAGUCCUUCUACGAAGAUCUCACCUCAUACUCCCAGCUGGAGAAGGUCGACCUGCAAACCUACAUUCGAGUCAUCAAGGCUGUUUUCCAAGAAAUCGCCGUGGUUUUCUCGCCUCAGAAUUACUCCUCGACGCAGGAGGACUUGGAGCUUCGAGCGAAGCAGGUGGCCUGGCGCCUUCAAAGUGGCGCGCUGAAGUCCGUGUCUUCUAAGCUGGCAGCUAACGAAGGUGAGGAUGAAGACAAUACGAUUAGUGUGGAGCUCAAGACGACGGAAAGCGACCUCGCAAACGACGUCGCAAAUGAGAGCAACAGCACAACGGUGGAAGAGAUCGCCGAUGAUCUCAAGAUACAUGAGGCAGUCUUCUGA